AUGCCUAAGAAUCAACAAGCUCAAGAACAAACUAAUGCUAAAAAGUAUGAAUAUGGACCUGGUGUGGUUGUAAAAGCGGAUUGCGCUUCUAAGAUCACUACACCCUCCUCGAGCAGGGUUGGUGAAUUGCGCUCAAAGAAGAAUUUUUCCAGUUUUACAGAGAUAAUCAUUAAGUGUUUGGCAAAUACUCUAUUUUCUCCUUCACUGAGACACAAUCCUAUACACUGUGAUACCAAAUUUAAUCCUCUGUUUGUGGGCUCAGUCCUGUGUGCUGAUAACGAUAAUCGCGGACCAGGCAUAUUGGAGAAAGUACCUAAGGCAAUUCGUAAUGGAGUCGAGAAUCUUCUGUCAACUGUCACAAAUGUCGUAAGUUAAAGUUUAUAUAUUAAAAAAAUACUUUAUUUUAUACCCGUUGGAUGAAUUUAAAGGUUGAGAAACUUAUGUUUUUAUUAACUAAACUUAAAGAGAGCUGCAAAACAUUAUUAACAAUCUGUAUUUAGUAGAGAGUUCUAAUUUACAUGAAAAAAAAGCAUUUCUCCUUAGAGUUAAUAUGAAUUUCAACCGCAGACAAAAUUUCAAACUGGAGUAUAUUUUUUGUUCUUGCUUUUAAAACUUAUACAAACGUAACAAAUAUCGAUUAUAUUCCAGAAAUGGUGUAAAAGUCCCGAUAUUUUGAUAAGUAAAUAGCCUUUAAAAACAAUAACUUGGCACUUUUAGCAAGUUAUUUAUGUUAUUAUAUUAACGCAUUAUAAGCGGGUCUCGUUAAAAUACUUUCUUGAAAUUUGUGUAAUCCAUACAAGAGUAGUUUAAAAUGUGGUUGUAAAACUACUUCUUUUCCGCUUUUUUUUUAAAGAAAAAAAAGAAAUUAUCCAUUUAUGAUUACGACAAUUCGUGAUAUAAUAAAUAUGUAAACAAUAUUACAAUUACUCGGCGAAUUUUUUCUUUUUAUAACAGAAGUUGUAGCUAUAGAUAAAAGUUUGCUCCAGAUUUUAUGAAAUCCUGCCUACCACUUUUUUAAAAUUCC